ACAUUCCCUUUCCGAUUAGGAAAGGAGUUAGUGAUACAUCCUUGAUGUAGAAAAGGAUUACACAAAAACAAUAAUACUGGAAGUUAUACCAAGGCCACAGGAAUUACCUUUUUUUCUUUAAUUUUGUAUAUACUUGUCUGUAUUGUACGUUGGACUCGAACUCGUGGAUGGACGUAACUGGAGCCGGUGGGAUAUUAAGACUGUCGGACACCUUUUAGACCUACAAGUGAUGCGGUGUCCCAGGAGCGGGAUAACUGAUGCCUUUUGUGGUUGAAUUUCAAAGAAUCUUGAUAUUGAUACAAAUUAUACCAGACCCCCGUCAUACAUACACGCACACAUAGAUAAAAGAAAACUUAAGCGCAUCCAGGGACUACUAAAGCACUUUACUAGCUAACUUUUAAAAGUUAAGCGCACCAGAAAGAAAGACAAGACAAUUUACAACGCUUUUUACAAAGGUGUAACAUGUUUGCAAAGGAGUACGGCGUGUUAAGAAGCAGUCCCCCAAAUGGUGCUUGUAACCCGCUGGCCCCUACUGCCUCCUCCUAAGAGGGGGCGGCUUGGUAGAAGGUGUGUGAGGAGAGGACCUGCACGCGCACUUGUCGGUUACCCCAGGCUUUAAUCACUUGGUUUUCGUUUAUCCUGUGCUGAGAGAAGGUCGCGUGCUUCGGUUCGGCUGAUGUGGGCCACCCACGUGGGUGCUGGGUGUAAUCCUUGGAUGGUGCUGUUUGCUACUGAUCGCUAGCUUAAACUUGAUGGUGACGGGAAGCCUGGGUUUAUGUCAUCCUCUCCUCUGCUUGGGCUCCUCGGUCUCUAUGCACCCGGGAUACACCGCCCCUAGGAACUGCAGACUCCACACUGGAAGUUGGAAUGAACGGGGAAUUAGGAUCUAACUCUAACCAAAGGGAAAGUUUUACUUCAUGUUGGAUUGUUUUGGGACACGGAAGAGCACAACUUUCUAACACUGUGGAUUAUAAAAGCUGAUUAAACAACACACCUUGUGGAUUUCUACAGAGUCUGGAUCUUGUCUGGCUGUUUUCCGCAGCGUGCCUUUACAUUACGUAGGGUGCCUCUGUGUACAAUGACAGCGGAGUCCAUCACUUUUUACAUUUUUCUUGGGAUAGGAUGCCUUUGCUCAGGUUCUCGCCUUCGCCAGGAGGACUCCCCACCCCGUAUAGUAGAGCACCCUUCAGAUCUAAUAGUAUCCAAAGGGGAACCAGCAACUCUUAACUGCAAGGCUGAGGGCAAGCCCACUCCCACUAUCGAGUGGUAUAAAGAUGGGGAGCGAGUAGAAACUGAUAAAGAUGAUCCCCGCUCUCACCGAAUGCUGCUGCCUAGUGGAUCUUUAUUUUUCUUGCGCAUUGUACAUGGACGCAGGAGUAAACCUGAUGAAGGAAGUUAUGUCUGCGUGGCAAGGAACUAUCUGGGUGAAGCAGUGAGCCAUAAUGCAUCGCUGGAGGUAGCAAUUCUGCGCGAUGACUUCAGACAGAACCCUUCUGAUGUCAUGGUAGCAGCUGGAGAACCUGCAGUAAUGGAAUGCCAGCCCCCUCGAGGCCAUCCUGAGCCAACCAUCUCAUGGAAAAAGGAUGGUGCUCCUUUAGAUGACAAGGAUGAAAGAAUUACAAUCCGUGGAGGGAAACUCAUGAUAACUUAUACUCGGAAGAGUGAUGCUGGCAAGUACGUGUGCGUGGGUACCAACAUGGUUGGUGAACGCGAAAGCGAAGUAGCAGAACUCACUGUUCUAGAGAGGCCAACCUUUGUGAAGAGACCGAGUAAUCUGGCAGUUACCGUGGAUGACAGUGCUGAGUUCAAGUGUGAGGUCCGAGGUGAUCCCGUGCCUACUCUGCGAUGGAGGAAGGAUGACGGCGAGUUACCAAAGCAGAGGUAUGAGAUCCGAGAUGACCACACCUUGAAGAUCCGGAGAGUGACAGCAUCUGAUAUGGGUUCUUACACCUGUGUAGCAGAAAACAUGGUUGGAAAAGCAGAAGCUUCCGCAACUCUAACAGUUCAAGUUUUGUCUGAACCUCCCCAGUUUAUAGUAAAACCACGAGACCAGGUUGUUGCUGUGGGAAGAACUGUGACUUUUCAGUGUGAGGCAGCAGGAAACCCCCAGCCUGCUAUUUUUUGGCAGAGAGAGGGAAGUCAGAACCUGCUUUUUUCGUACCAGCCUCCUCAGCCUUCCAGUAGAUUCUCUGUCUCCCAGACUGGUGACCUCACUAUCACAAACGUGCAGCGAUCUGACGUGGGUUACUACAGUUGCCAGGCACUCAGCAUUGCAGGAAGCAUCAUAACUAAGGCCUACCUGGAAGUUACUGAUGUGAUUUCUGAUAGGCCUCCACCAGUAAUCCGCCAGGGCCCACUAAAUCAGACUGUUGCAGUGGAUGGGACCAUAUCGCUCAACUGCCUGGCCACAGGCACUCCUAUUCCCACAAUCCUCUGGAGGAAAGAUGGAAUACUGGUUACAACACACGAUUCUCGCAUUAAACAGCAAGAGACAGGAACGCUUCAAAUCCGCUAUGCAAAGCUGGGAGACAGCGGCAUGUACACCUGCCUGGCUUCAACUCCAAGUGGUGAGGCAUCGUGGAGUGCAUAUCUUGAGGUCCAAGAAUUUGGUGUUCCUGUUCAGCCACCAAGAACAACUGAUCCAAAUUUAAUCCCUAGUGCACCAUCAAAACCUGAGGUAACCGAUGUCAGCAAAAACACAGUGACAUUGUCGUGGCAACCAAAUCAAAAUGCAGGUGCUACCCCAACCUCCUAUAUCAUUGAAGCUUUCAGCCAUACAUCUGGAAGCAGCUGGCAGACCGUAGCAGUAAAUGUGAAGACUGAAACAUAUGCUGUAAAGGGUCUGAAGUCUAACGCUAUUUACCUCUUUCUUGUGAGAGCUGUCAAUGCCUAUGGAAUUAGCGACCCUAGUCCAAUUUCUGAUCCCGUGAAAACUCAAGAUGUUCCCCCUACAAGUCAGGGUGUGGAUCACAAACAAGUUCAGAAAGAGCUCGGAGAUGUUGUUCUUCAUCUUCACAAUCCUGCCGUCCUUUCCUCUUCCUCGAUUGAAGUGCAGUGGACUGUGGAUCAACAAUCUCAGUACAUCCAAGGAUACAAGAUUUUGUACAGGCCUAUCUCAGGCAUACAUGUGGACACCGACUGGACAACUCUUGAUGUGAGAACCCCUGCGAAGAACAGUGCUGUCAUUCCCGAGCUCAAGAAAGGAGUGAACUAUGAGAUUAAAGUCCGUCCUUUCUUUAAUGAAUUCCAGGGGGCAGACAGUGAAGCAAAGUUUGCACAAACCCUUGAGGAAGCUCCAAGUGCUCCGCCUCAAAGUGUAACCGUUGCUCCAAGUGGUGGGAAUGGGACUGCUAUCAUGGUUUCCUGGCAACCACCCCCAGAGGAUGCUCAGAAUGGCAAGGUUCAGGAAUAUAAGAUCUGGUGCCUUGGGAAUGAAAGCCGAUACCACAUUAACAAGACCGUGGAUGGUUCCACAUUUUCACUGGUAAUCCCAUCGCUGGUUCCAGGCAUUAAAUACAAAGUUGAAGUGGCAGCAAGCACUGCUGCUGGACCUGGUGUAAAAAGUGCCCCCAAGUUCAUACAGUUAGAUUCCAGUGGAAACCCGUACUCGUCAGAUGUCAGCCUGGCCCAGCAGAUUUCUGAUGUGGUUAAGCAGCCGGCAUUCAUUGCUGGCAUAGGCGCUGCCUGCUGGAUUAUUCUGAUGGUUUUUAGCAUCUGGCUAUACCGACACCGCAAGAAGCGCAGUGGGCUAAGUAGCAGCUAUGCUGGAAUAAGAAAAGUCCCCUCUUUUACCUUCACACCAACAGUGGCAUAUCAGAGGGGUGGAGAAUCUGUGAGCAGCGGUGGGAGACCAGGGCUGUUAAACAUUGGAGAGCCAGCAUCCCAGCCAUGGCUGGCAGACACAUGGCCACACACUGGUAACAACCACAGCGAGUGUCCUAUCAACUGCUGUACAUCAGGAAAUGGAAACAGUGACAGCAAUCUCACCACCUACAGUCGCCCAGCGGAUUGCAUUGCUAACUAUAACAACCAGCUAGAUAACAAACAGACCAAUCUGAUGCUUCCUGACUCCGCUGUUUAUGGUGAUGUUGACCUAAGCAAUAAAAUAAAUGAAAUGAAAACAUUUAAUAGCCCAAACUUGAAAGAUGGCCGUUUCCUAAGCCAGCAAGGACAGCCAACUCCCUACGCCACAACCCAGCUUAUCCAGUCCAGCAUCAGUAAUAACAUGAACAGUGCUGCUGGGGAUGUGAAUGAGAAGCAAUGGAAACCUUCUGCGCAGCAGAAACAGGAGGUACCACCUAUACAGUAUAACAUCAUGGAACAAAACAAACUAAAUAAAGAUUUUCGAGUAGCAGACAGUGCUGUUUCGCAGACCAUUCCUUAUAAUCAGUCACAUGACCAGAACACAGGUGGUUCUUACAACAGCUCAGACCGAGGCAGCAGUACGUCAGGAAGUCAAGGUCACAAGAAAGGUACCAGAACACCUAAACUACCUAAGCAGUCAGGUAUGAAUUGGGCAGACCUUUUGCCACCACCCCCUGCACAUCCUCCACCCACUACUAGCACAGGCGAUGACUUCAGCUUAUCUGUCGAAGAAAGUUAUGAUCAUGAAAUGCCCUGCCCAUUGCUUCCAACAAGGAUGUAUCUUCAAAGAGAUGAACUGGAAGAAGAAGAAGAUGAAGAUGAUGAAGACCGAGGUCCUACACCACCUUUACGUGGGGCAGCAUCCUCCCCAGCUGCGGUCUCAUAUAGUCACCAGUCCACUGCCACUCUGACCCCUUCACCCCAGGAGGAGCUGCAGCCUAUGUUGCAGGACUGUCAGGAAGACAUGGCACUCAUACAUCACCCAUCAGACAGAAGGCGUCAUCCAAUUAGCCCACCUCCUCCUCCUAGACCCAUUUCUCCUCCUCAUACAUAUGGCUAUAUUUCUGGACCUAUUGUUUCUGAUAUGGACACUGAUGCACCUGAUGAGGAGGGAGAUGAAGCAGACAUGGAAGUCGCUAAGAUGCAACCAAGAAGAGUUAUGUUGCGUGGACUGGAGCAGACUCCUGCUUCUAGUGUUGGAGACUUAGAAAGUUCUGUCACUGGGUCAAUGAUUAAUGGGUGGGGCUCAGCCUCAGAAGAUGACAACAUGUCAAGUGGACGGUCGAGUGCUGUCAGCUCUUCUGAUGGAUCAUUUUUCACAGAUGCGGACUUUGCACAGGCUGUAGCUGCAGCAGCAGAAUAUGCUGGGCUCAGAGUAGCCAGACAUCAGCUAGGAGAAGCUGAUGGUGGCCGGAGAAACUUCCCCUGUUCACACUGCCCAAGACCCACAAGCCCAGUAUCCACAGACAGUAACAUGAGUGCAGCUGUAAUGCAAAAAACAAGGCCUAUGAAGAAAUUGAAACAGCAAGCCGCACAUCUACGAAGGGAAAACUGUACAGACGAUCUUCCUCCCCCACCAUUGCCACCACCUGCUGUAAAGUCCCCAACAGUUCACUCAAAGUCGCAGCUUGAGUCCCGGUCACUAAUGUCAACCAGGCUGCCUUUAACAGACCAGAGAGCAGACCGUUCGGCAGAAAAGAAAGGGGCUUGCUACAUGGGUAGGGAGGCAGCAGAUACCAGGCAGCACUCAGAUGGACGGAACAGCUCGUCAGAACGCAAAGAUUCCCAGGAGCGACAAGGGGAAGGAAAGGUACGAGGAACAAAAUCAACAAAACGAGAAGGUGCACCUGGAAGGACUCGAACUCAACAAGGUGCAGAAGAUAUCUUGCCAUAUAGCAGACCAACGUUCCCUACAUCACAUAGUCCCAGAGAUCCCAGUUCGUCCAGCUCUAUGUCAUCAAGGGGAUCAGGUGGCAGGCGAAGGGAAGACCAAGUCCAAGCAGGGCGAAGAAAUGCUGCAGAGAUGCAAGUACUGGGAACAUAUGAACAGGAGGAAGAUGAAGAUGAAUUGGAGGAAACUGCAAGCUGAAGAAGAAAGGAGGAAAGACAUUGAAGAAAACCUGCCUAAAAAGAGCUGACCAGAGGAACUGUGAAUGGUUCCUUGCCUCUAGCCUGAUAAUUGAUGCCAGAAAUAAUGUUCAGUGCAAUCAGAUUGUGUAAAAUGUAAUUUUUUUAAUCAUGCCAACUGACCACUUUUUAAUGUGUUGUUUUAAUUUAUGACUGGAUUGUUAUUACCCAUUUUCAGGUAGUAAAAUGUAUACAAGGGUCUGUUUCUAAGCACUGCCAUGGUGAAUAGGUGAUAGCAUCUUCUGUUGUGAGAUGCUCUGCCCAUCAGGCACCUGAACAGACCAUUGCAAAAUGUUUACUUUAGCUACAAGCAGAUUGGGGUGGCCAAUUGUGUAAAUACCAUAUGUUGUUUUACCUUGAUUAUGGUCAGUGCUCCUGGUACAUUAACUUGUCUUCCUUGUUUCUAUCGUUAAUGCUGUAAGGCUAGGGGUGAGCAGUGGGUCUGGCAAGUCAGUCUUCUGUUACUGGCUUAACCCAGAAUGACGACUUCCUGUUACACUCACCAGAAACAAAUGUAGUUUUUUUUUUAAUUAAAACUAAAAAAAAAAACAUGUCUACCUGAAGCCUGACAGGCACAAAUCCUAUGUUUACCCUUAUUUUUAGUAUGUCAUACUACCCCAAAGAAGUGCCACUUAGGGAAAAUGUAUUUGAUUUCUUGUUUUUUGUAAUGCACUGUGUUUCUUCUCUUUGGUUUUAAAAGCACAAUCACUAAACUUUUAUUUUUAAACCAUUGUAUCUAUUAACAUUUUUUUUGUCUUUUACUGAAGAGUAAACUAUGAGAAACUUUGUUGAUACUGGAGUCAUAGUAAUGGUUUGUAUGAUGGUAAAUUGUGAAGCUAAACUAAUGAGCAUGGGCCGUAAACUGGACUUCUUGCUUUUCUGGACUCGCUGAAACAAUGAAAGAGAAUGCAAUGGCUCAUGUCUACAUUACCCUUUUCAAACACUCAGGAUUACUGAGUUUAAUUGAAGGCAGACAAUGCUUUAAAUCUUCCAAAUGUGCCCACCACUCUGACUUUUCAGUUACAUUCGUUCCUUGGCAUUUGACAUUGGUGCUACUGGAAGUUUGUUCAUCGAAUCAUGGAAAACUUGCAGGACUUGCUUUCCCCACCACAGAAAAAUAAACAAGAAAUUAUUUGGGUGACUAUAUAAGGACUGAAAGUAUCAAAUAAAGUCUUGUUUAAUUUAGUUACAAUGACAAAUAUGUUUCCAUAGUGAAAGUGUGCUGAGGGAACAAUUCACCAGAUUAAUGUUUUCAUUACAUUCAUGUAAGAAACAACUUAUUUUUAGCCAUAAAUUUGCAUACUGAGGAUCAGAUAUUCAGAAGCAUAAUUUUUUGCCACACUAUUUAUUAAAAAUGUCCUCAAAUAUA